GAGCGCGCCGCUUGCGGGGUGUCCUGUCCUCGAGAAGGUCGCGUUUCCGGCGCUGGGCCGUCUCGGGAUGGCUGGCUACACCCCCGACGAGAAGCUGCGGCUGCAGCAGCUGCGCGUCCUGCGGCGCCGCUGGCUCAAGGACCAGGAGCUGAGUCCGCGCGAGCCCGUCUUGUCCCCGACGAAACUCGGGCCAGUGACCAGCUUCUGGGAGCGUUUCCUGCAGCCGGGCUCCUUCUGGCGACUGCAGACUUUCAAGCUGUACAAAGCUAGUGUAUUUACUGUAACUUGGAUACUUAUUCCUGCCUGGGUUAUUCACUACUAUGUCAAAUACCAUGUAAUGAAAAUGCCAUAUGGUGUUAUUGAAGUGAAGCCCAAAGUAUUCCCAGGUGACAGAAUUCUAGAGACAGGAGAAAUAAUCCCACCAAUGGAAGAAGAGCCUACUGGUCAUCACUGAAGGUUAUAAACUCUAGCUUUGUUCCUAUAAAAAUGUGUUUAAAUAUCUCCAGAUAUGUAUAUAAAACAAUAAAGUCGCUUUCAGGAGA